AUGUCUAUUAAUUUAUUUCACUGCAGCAUUAGCAGACAAAAUGUAUUCUCCCCAUAACUUUUAUGUUAUUGGCAGAGGAAAAAAUCUUCUAAAUGUAAGACAUAUAAAUUUAAUCUCAUGUAAUAAAAACAUAGUUUGAAAUACUUUGCCUACUACCAUAUUGCAGUUUUAAUGUAAUGAAUAUAUUUUUAAAUAGAUAAAUCUUGCAGUUGACAUGGAUGUGAAUAAAUUACUCCAAGAAAUGGUAGAUUCCAUAAAUAAAACAACCAGCAAUAAGUAGGAGUGGCAUUGCAAACAUGUUCAGAUACUAGAAAUGAAAUAUUGGAAAAAGAUGCUGUUAUUGAAGAAAUAUAUGAAACCCUUCAAUUUUUUUCCCCCUUCAUAUAAUGGAUGAUGAAGGAACUUAUGACAAUAAUAGUAGAGCCAUCAUUCCAGCAGAAUGCGAGAAGGACAGUAUAUAAUGUGGACGUAUGUGUACAUCUAGAAGUUCUUUUGGAAGCACAGUCGAUUUAGGGGCACAGUUCAUUACAAAGUCAUCUAAUUUAACAAGUACACAGGAGAAGUUAUAUAAUCAUUUAUUUGAUGAAGGAAUUCUUCAACCAAUGCCAGAAAAUGUUGAAGGAUUAAGGUCACUUCCAUCUGCCGUGGGUCAUUUCAUUUGCCCAUCAGGAUCAGGAUCACUUGUGAAAUAUUUUCUUAAGAAAGCAGGUUGUGAGAUUUUAUUUGGACACAAAGUAAUAAAAAUAAAUCCCUCUAAUGAAAAAUGGGAAACACUUUGUGAGAAUGGUGCAAGUCAUGCAUUUGAUGCUGUGGUUUUGACUAUUCCUGUACCUCAAAUAUUGCAGCUAGAUGGAUUAAUACCUCAUGUUGAAAGGGACCAAAUUGAAAAGUUAAAAGCUGUGAAAUAUUGCUCCAGAUAUGCUCUAGGCUUUUUCUAUGAUAGUGAGUCAAGUUUUUUCAAAGACAUUUCGUGGUGUGCAAAAUUUAUUAAUGAUGAUAUUAUUCGAUAUUGUGCCAUUGAUGUCCAUAAGAGAAAAGGUACUGGAUUACCUUCAGUAGUAUUUCAUACUUCCAAGGAAUUCGGGGCAUCGUACAUAGAUGAAAAUGCUGAUGCUGUUCAGGAUUUGAUUGUUAAGCGUAUUGAGCAACUAUUCCCCCAGAUGCCCAAACCAAAUGAAAUUAAGUUUCAGAAAUGGAGAUAUUCUCAGGCAAAGAAAAUUUAUUGCGAAAAGCAAGCUUGCUUAGUAGCUUCUAAUAAACCUUUGCUCAUUUUUGGAGGAGAUGGCUUUUCAAAUUCUAAUUUUGAAAAUUGUGUUCUUUCAGCGGAAAAUAUAGCCCAGAAGAUUAUUGAGACAGUAAGUUAAACACAGCAUGCUUUCUUUCAUUCACGAGAUAUACAGUUGAUUGACAUUUGUGGAUGAAAGUCCCAGUACUUGUAUUAAACUGGUUAUAAGAAAAAUCAUUUUAUUACAUCCUUUUUAAAAAAUUGGAAACCACAUUUUAUCACAAUUAUUUUACCAUAUUCAAAACAAAAUAAUUUUGAUUAUACCUAUGUUAACUUGGUUUUAUAAUAAAGUGUAUAUGAGGAUAAAAAUUCAGUUGCAAUGUCUA